AUGCCGACUUCGCCACCGUCUACGUCUGCCACAGCACAAAACGGUGGCUUGCUGCCUACAACCAACAGCUAUGCGUUGAACGCGCCGCAGAGUGAGUCUUUGAGCAUGAGAGUCAGCGGUUCUCGCACUCAGACCGUGGAUCGAAAAAGUGAUUUUUACCGAUUUCGCGCCUGUGAUACGUGUCGUUCGUUAAAGGUGAGAUGCGAGCCGCAUCCUAACCCUAGUGUGGAAUCAUGCUACAAAUGUGCAAACUUGGGUAGGACGUGUGUCAUCACGCCUCCGAAUCGUAAGAGAAGAAAGAGGACCGACACUCGCGUUGCCGAGUUGGAAGCAAAAAUUGAUGGUCUGGUAAAUAGCCUACGAGCAUCUGGCAGUGAGCCACAACAUGGCCUUCACGGCAGCGAAAGUUAUAAAAUCUCAACACCAAAUGACGCUUGUGAAAAAACCCAUUUCACCGGUCACUCAGAGUCGUCUUCUACUGAUCAACCAUGCUGCUGUGGGCAUAACAGUACACAAAGGCAUCACCAGGUAGACAACACUCAGUCACGGUCCGUUCUGUCAGUAGCCCAAUGUGGCUCUUCCCUUGAGAAGGGCAUAGAGUAUACUGCCAGCGAAAUUACAAGUGAUAGGGGCCCCGAUGCUCUUGACUGCGGCAUUGUGGACCUAGCAUCAGUGGAGGCGGCGUUCCAUCGUUACGUCUCCGAAAUAUCCCUUAUCCUGCCUAUUGUAAUAUUUCCGCCUGAAACAAAGAUGGAAGACCUUAGGGCUAAAAAGCCGAUUCUUUUUUGGGCCAUCAUUGCCGUGUCGAUUGAUACAAUAAACCCGAGUGUUCAUCCUCUAUUGAUCCAACAAACUUACAGAACAUUUGGCAAGCUAAUUUUCAUGCGCGGACAAAAGUCUCUGGAGCUCCUGCAAGCCCUCGUCGUUUGCUGUCAGUGGUACAAGCUACCGGAACGUCUUGAGGAACUCAAUGUCUAUCAACUAGUGCACAGUGGUGUUGCUAUGGCUAUGGACCUGGGAUUGAACAAACACGCCCCGAGAAUGACACUUCCCUUGCGAUCCGUGCAAGAUUUCAACCGGUAUAAUUCCAUGCCAAACCAUCAUGAUGCCAUGGAAGCUCGGCGAACUUGGUUAGGGGUAUAUUUUCUAUCUGUGCAAGUGUCUUCAUCACUAAAAAGAGUGUUUCUCGUUCGAUGGAACCAGUAUAUGGAUGACUGCAUAGAAGUGCUUGAAAGGUCUUCCCAAUACUUUCCUUCUGACACUAUUCUGAUUCAUUGGAUAAGGCUUGCUCAUAUUAUGGAGCAAGUUGGCACCCAGUUCUCCAUAGAUGAUGGAAGUGCUGGCUUCAAGCUUGAGGAUAGUAGAGUUCAAUACUCCCUUAAAGCAUAUGAGAAGGUUCUUCAAAGAUGGCAUCAGGGAACUGCAAAUUUAGCGCUCUCCCGCAUCCAAAAAGUAAUUUUUGAGCAGAGCAUACAUCUUGUCAGAAUCUUCAUGCAUGAAUCAGCUCUGCAUUUCGAGUUGGAUGACAUUAUUUCUCGACAGAUAACCGGUCGAGGGUCUGUUGAUACCAGGAGUGCGGAGAGGAUAAACAGUUUGAUCAUCUGUGUGACUUCUGUUCACAAGGCCCUCGAUGCUGCUUUUUGCUUGCAAAUCGAGGACAUUCUUGCAAUCCCUGGUAUUGUCACGGCUAGAAUCGGUUGUUGUGCUAUUAUUCUCAUAAAACUGAGCGUCAUGGUUUCCACUCCCGAAAAUCAAAUUAGAGCCAUUUACGAUGUUCCAGACCUGCGAGCCGAACAUUACGUUGAUAAAUGCGAAGAAUGGUUACGGAGAGUUGGAUCGCUUAAGGGUGGGCGAUCUUUCUCUCAUGUUGAGAAGAUAAUCAACUCGCUCAACCUGUGGUUCGUCAAGCCUGGAGGUACAAGAUUACCCAUUGAGAAAGCGGUGGCAAUCCUAUCACUCCCAAGGCAUGUCACAAGCGUGAUUGGCGAUCUAUUUCAGAUGACUGCUCAGGAGCAAAAGGAGCAAGAGAUUCGGUCUAUCAAGCAAGCCCAACCGUCAGGGAACAUAACUGAUCCCUCCCCUGUUUGGAAGACUGCCACAGUUGAUAAUUUAGCUCAAGAGCCGAGACAAAGUCUUCAUAAUGCUCCGCCAGCUUAUACUUCUAAUUAUAGUAGUGAGAAACCCAAGCCCUGCGCUUUGACACCCACACCUGCCGGACCAACAGGUCCCGAAACACAUCUUGAUAUGGAACAAAUAUACCACCUUGGAGCCUUGCUCGACAAUAACUUUUUGCAAAUGCCAUCUUCCAUUGAUGACUUUAUGGGGUUCUUCUAG